UGUCAUUACCGCACUAUAUGUAGCUGCUGAAAUGUAGGCUUUCAAUGAAAUUAUGUAGGACAAACACUGCAAUUACAUUUCACCGCCAUCUCAGCGACAGAAAAGUCGCAUGGUUCUACAAAAACAUGGAGAGCAGAAAUUAUGGAUAUUCUCGUGAAUACUACGAUCGCUUUGUCCAAAGCCAAGACUCGUCUGUUGUUAACAAAUUCCAGCAGAAAUACUGGAAAACCAAACAGACUCUUAUCAAAGUCACAGGAAAGAAGGAAGAUGAACAUGUCGUGGCCUCAGACGCCGACCUUGAUGCAAAACUUGAGGUGUUCCACUCAGUCCAGAGAACAUGCAUGGAGCUUCUGAAGGUCAUUGAGCAGUACCAGAGAAGAAUCUGCUUUUUGUCACAGGAGGAGAAUGAGUUGGGCCGGUUCCUAAGGUCACAGGGGUCCCAGGACCGGACCCGCGCUGGGAAGAUCAUGCAGGCCACUGGAAAGGCCCUCUGCUUCUCCUCUCAGCAGAGGCUCGCUCUCCGCAGCCCCCUGUGCCGUCUCUACCAGGAAGUGGAGACAUUCCGCUACCGUGCCAUCUCGGACACCUGGCUCACUGUAAACCGGAUGGAGCAGUCCAGGACGGAGUACCGCGGUGCGCUGCUGUGGAUGAAGGACGUGUCUCAGGAGCUGGACCCAGACACGUACAAGCAGAUGGAAAAGUUCCGCAAGGUUCAAGCUCAAGUGCGUCUUACUAAAACAAACUUUGACAAACUGAAGAAUGAUGUCUGUCAAAAGGUGGAUUUGCUGGGUGCCAGCCGCUGCAAUCUGUUGUCCCAUGUUCUUACCACGUACCAGACAACACUCUUGCACUUCUGGGAGAAGACGUCCCACACCAUGGCUGCCAUCCAUGAGAGUUUUAAGGGAUACCAGCCAUAUGAGUUCACAACACUCAAGACCUUACAAGAUCCUGUCAAUAAAUUGUUGGAUCAGGGAACGAAGAAAAAGGGGAAGAAAAAGAUGAAAGGAAAAAGGGAGGAUGGAGAGAAAGUGGCGGAGACAGAUGAUCAACUUAUUUCAAUAGAUGAGAUGAAUCACAAUAAGGAUUCCUGUCAAGGAGGCGUAUCUCCAGAUCAAGGAAGCCCAGGACAUCAGCUCUGUGAAGAUGUGGGUCCGGAUCUAAUGCAAAACAGAGAACAAGAGGAUCUGCUCUCAGAAUACCAUGAUCACGAGGGCGGGGAAAAGGACGACAUGGCCUUGCUGAAUGAGAUCCUCAACAGCUCGUCUCUGGAUGAGGGGGAGUUCUCCCAAGAGUGGCGGGCAGUUUUUGGGGAGGAGGAUCCUCCAGGAAGUGCGAGUGAAGCGGGCCACAUGGACGUUCACCAUGAGCAGUCGUCCUGUUUCCUCCCCUCCCAGCUGCUGGACCACAACAUGAACAAGCUGCAGUCCCCAUUCACCAAUUGGGCCAUGAGCAUUCCACAGCUUGUCUCCCAGGCAACAGAGCCAUCAUCUGGAGCCAAUCAGGACUCAACCAAGUCAACAGUGAGAGAAACCUCUGAGACGUCUAAAGAUCUUUCAGCCUGGUUCAGCCUUUUUGCUGAUCUGGACCCCCUGUCUAACCCUGAUGCAGUUGGAAAAACGGACAAGGAGCACGAGCUGUUGAAUGCGUGAACUCACCUUC